UUGGAUGAAGAAGGCGUAGUAGCUGCUGCAGCGACAGGAAUAAAAAUUUCUACAGCUUCAUGUUUUAUACCACAUGAACCUGUACCGGAAUUCCGUGUUGAUCAUCCGUUUAUUGUUUCUGUUAUAUGGAAUGAUACUCUACCGAUAUUUCUUGGACAUAUUACAGCUCCAACAAACGAAUGACUGAUCAGUAAUAUGCAGUCUGUUAAAAUAAUUUGCUAAACAGUGUGUUUUGUGCUUUCUUAGAUAUACCAGAUCAGAUUUUUAGGAGUUCACUGUUCGUCUGAAUAUUCAGUAAUGAAUAAUUUCGAUCAAAAACAGUUCACUUACUCAUUUAAAUUAUCGAUUUGCGAAUCAUAAUCAACCUUUUU